UACAUUUAUUGAAGAUCCCUAGGAGUGAUGGCUGAUGAUGGUGAUAAAAACAGAAAAAGGAGAAGGGUCGACAAGAAAGAUUCCAGUGAUGAUGGUGUUAUAGAUUUGACAGCCUCUAAAUCCAACUCCUUCAAAAUACAUGACGUGGUUGAUCUAACAGCUCCAGUGGCUCCCAAACCUGUUCAGAGCUCUCAGCAGAGUUUGGGAGGCUUCAGACCUAAAACAUUUGGGGACUGUGACAUUGUGUCGGCAAAAGACGACAAACUGUUUGACGACGACAUAGUGAUAGUUGUGUCCGAUGCAUACCGGGAGAAAAGGAGACAAGAACGGAAAAAUAGAACUCCAAACAGAAUUCCAAUCGCUCCAGCUUCGGAUCCUAAUCUACCUUCCAGUUCGAACAGUUCUGCAGGCUGGAUAAACUCAUCAGCUCCGUCUUCAACCACCUCCGUGAACCAAACACCCAACAACCCCACCACUCCAGUCAGCACACCAUCACUCCCAACUCCCAACAUCCCCCAGCUGACCCCGCUAACCAGACCAGCUCCUCCCAUCUCCACCCCUCCUCCCAUCUCCACCCCUUCUACAGCUUCAGCUGCCAGCAACAGUUUACCUCAGUCAGCCGCUAGCAGCAGUAAUCUCGCAAGUUUGACGGUAUCUUCUGUAAUCAGUGCAGUGACAGGGGCUUUAGCGACCCUCUCCAAUCCUUCACCUCCACCCUCAGGGUCAAUACCCUCUGGAUCAGCAGGAAUCACUACAGCCAGUAAUACUGGAGAUAACAAUGCCGUUGUACUCAAUACUGUAGAAACGGAAAACGAACUCUGGGUCCGAUUUAGACGACAUGACCAAAGGAAGGAGUUCAUGUGCCCGUGCUCGCGGUGUCGGUGCCGCAACUGGUGGCUAACGUACAACACUGUCAAGAAUCACUGCGAGUCAUCGGGUUGUGUGCGCGGUUGGGUGCCCGCUAACUCUCCUGCCGCUCCAAAUUCGGAGUUUGGUGCACUAGCUAUCGCUGCAGGAGGACAAGUCAAUAGUCCAGGGAUACGAGCCCCUGCUGCCCCCGGUGCGCCGGCCCGAGUAGCUCCUCCUCCCGCCCCUGUUAGAGCCGCGCCUCCGCAAAACCCUGGCCCUGUUAUCACUGAUAAUAGACCUAACAGGGCUGUCUACCCGGGGCACCCGUUUCAUGGGUUGAACCCGGUCCACCGACCGCGACACCCCGACCCGAGACACCACCUUGCCACCCUCCAGACAGCUGGGCCCCCUCCUGCUCCUGCUGGUCCCUCGCUAGCUAACCUGCCUCUGACUGUACCAAAUGUGGUGGACAACGAUCCUAACCCACUCACCUGCCCUGUCUGUCUCGAUAGUAAAGCUCAGAUCCAAGCUUCAAGUAGAACCCUGGUGUCGACGACAUGUGGUCACGUGUUCUGCAGCUACUGUAUCGAACAAGUCUUCAAGUCCACCAGACAGUGUCCUCAGUGCCGGAAGAAACUCACCAACAGAGGCUGGCAUCCUCUUUACAUCUAGACGAGUUCUACUUUCCGCAUCCUCUUCCUUGGAAGAUCACGACGACGUGACAAUAUACGAUCUAGAUUUCAAUUAGGAUCAAUCUUUGUAAACAGGGACCCUCCCUAAUUUAACAAUUUUUCGUUGUGAAAUUUGCAUUUUGUAUUGAUGUUCUUUUCAUGGUAUAAAUCACCCAUGUUUUAGAAUUUCUGAGUGAUAACAAAAUUUCAAAUCACAAGCUUGUUCUAAAGCUCAAUAUUUAGUCAUAAUUUAUUAGUUUUUAAUUGGUUGAUAGUUCUACAGCUGAUACCUGUAUACUAUUAACCCUAUCAGCUUAAAUUUAUACAAUAUUACUAUAUGGGUUGAGACUGAAUGCUCGAAGAUAGAUGCUAUUUAUAAUUUUAAACAAAAUUCUUUGUCAGUGGCUUGUUUAAAACAUUAUUUCAAUAAUUUUAAGGUCAGAAAUAGUUAUAAUAUUUUACUAUAUUCUACCCAAUCUAUCAUCGCGUACAAUUCGUACAAUUUCUUGUGAAUAAUGUAAACUUGGGAAGCUUGACUACGAAUAAGGAGAAUUGUUACCGUGCCCCGUGGUUUUACCAACUAUUUAAAUUUAUAUAUCCCUUUUGUAGCAAAUACGAUAUACCAUUAAUUAAAUUUAGCAAUAAUUUGAAAUAGCAGUAAAAUCUAUUACUGUUAGCUGGAAUAAUGAAUAUUUUACUUUCGUUAGUAAAACUCUUAAUUUAAUGUCAAACGUUUUGCGAAAAAUCAUCUUAAGAAUGGAAAAUGAUACCAGAUAUGAGAUACGGAGGUAGUGUUUGUAUGUUUUUGUUUCGUGGUGAAUUCCAUGUCGGAAUUAAAUGUGUGAGAAUUUGUUUACUCUUUUUCCUGAAUUCUUUAAAAGCUUAAAUGGAAAACCACCGAUUUGUCAACCUAUUUUGUAGUUAUAACUAAUAGUAUUAAUUAUAGUUUAUAGAAAUCUUUAAUAGCA